UAAAAACAGAGAGAGGGAAUUAUUUUUAAAAAUACUCCGUAUUACUUUUUCCGUUUGGUUUCGGAAAUGAAAAAAAAAAAGGGAAAAUCUAUUUAGUGAUACGUCUAGAGGCAUCCAUGUCGAAUGUAACUAGAACACUCCACCACUGCUUUUCUGAUCCACCAUAAAGAAAUUGAAAAACAAAAAAACAGCAAUUCGAUCACGAAAAUCGUUGUAAGACAAAGAAAAAUGUUUUUCUUUUUCGUGGGAGAGUUGGGGCAGCAGGCGAAGCAGGUACUGAAGAGCGGCGUCGGUCGCUGCAUAUCGUGCGGAUCGCCGGCGGAUCUCGUGGAGUACGAGAAAGUGCUGAAGGCCUUCUUCGUGCCGGUGUGGCGCUGGCCGGGGAAGGAGCCGCUCAUGCACUGCAAGGACUGCAACCUCUUCUUCCCCCCGGAGAAGGAAGCCGUGGAGGCGGCUCUGAGGUGCCAUUUCUGCUCUCGUCACGUCGAUGCCUCGUUCAGGUUCUGCCCCUACUGUGGCUCGGGGCUUUAGAGGGAAUUAUGGUUCUUAUUAGCUCAAUAAUUUUGUAUAGAUUGUGAAAUUAGGGUUUUAUCAGCUCAGUAGUUUGUACGAGGAGUCCUAUGCUUUUGCAGUGAAGAGUCAAAUUGAGGAGAUAUUGAUUUGUAUUUGUUCUUUCCUUGAUUUUGUUUUGUUUAUAUUUUAGUUCAUUCAAA